AUGGCGAAAAGGCCUGCUCCAGCCGAAAAUCAAGCAAACAAAGGAAGGAAAAGAACAACGGGAGAGAGUGAAAAUCUUUCGGAUGUGACUGAUGCUGGUUCCAACAAGUCUUCUCGUAUGGAGAGUGACCUGAGUCCUAUGCAAUCUUCCACUCGAGAGAAGGACCAUUUUCCCUGGGAUCGACUACCACAGGAGUUGCGAGUAAAGAUUCUGUACAAUCUUCGGCCAAGAGAUCUUGACAGCUGUCGUUUACUAAACCGAGAGACGUUCGAGCUUAUUCGUCGUAACGAGCGAUUGUUGGACAGAGAUGUCAUUGCGCGCUUGGUAAUAGUAAAGUUUGGACACAACUACAAGUAA